AUGAAUAAGAACUUCGCACAAAUAUUGGAGGAUUUUGUAUCGGAUGGGAAGAGAAAACACAGAGGGCAUGAUGAUAACGGCACGAAUGAGGAGGACAUCCCACAUUUUAUGAAUCAGGACGGAUCUAACUUGUUCAAUGAUGAUAUAGGGAAGAAAUUAGGAAAAGAAAACUUUUUCAAAUAUACAGAAUAUUCCUUAAGUAGCCUCUACAUGUCAGACAAUCAAAUUCCCUUAGAAGAAGAUCCCAAAUAUGAAACGUUUAUAAAUAUAAUAAACAAAGCAUCUGAUGUUAAUAACGAUUAUAAGUGGAUUGAUGAUUAUUUCAAAAAUGAGGUGAAAGAAGAAUUGAAUAUAUUAACACCACAAUCGCAAGACAGAGAUUUUCUGUUUAGGAAAUAUUUACAGCCAUGUCAGUUAAAAAAUAUUUGCCUACUACGAAAAUAUGAGCAAAUAAUGAAGUCACUAAAUUUCAAAUUGAGUCAUAGAAAUUUUACACAAGCAUGUAUUUUUCACAGUAAAUAUGGAAACAGCGAUCACAUAGCCAUACUGGUCAUGCGACAUUACAAGGAUGAGAAUUCUCUCCAUCCACUUUUUCACGACAGGGAACUUGUUCAAAUAAAGUCCUAUUUAGAUGAUAACAAAUACGCCGAUAUGACGCAGAAGAAUUUGCUAAAAUACACAGAGAUUUUCAAGCCGUACGUCUCGCUCAGAAAAGUGGACAACAAUUUCGUGGAUCAAAUUAAGGACAGGUAUUACACCGCCUUUUAG